UUUCAACACUACUAUAUAACAAAUAAUUUGAGCUGUAGUGAUGGCUGCCCAUGUAGAGAAGUGCAGAUCGUCCAUUGAGAAAUUUCUGGUGAAAUAUCCUGCUGUCGAUGAACUCGUAGGGAAAGCUUCAAAUGCUACAAAGGUGAGCAAGGUGAACCUGAUAAUGGGAGUGAUUGCGUUCACAGCAGUGUGGUUAGCUAUCGGAUACGGUGCACCUUUCCUCUGUGACUUCAUAGGAUUCGUCUUCCCCGCUUAUCUUUCCUUCAAAGCUGUAGAGAGUGCUGAUACUCGUGACGACACUCAGUGGCUCACAUACUGGAUUGUUUACAGCUAUUUCGGUAUCCUGGAAUUCUUCGGUGACUAUCUUCUCUUUUGGAUCCCCUUCUACUCUCUCAUCAAGUGUGCAUUCCUUCUCUGGAUGGUUAACUACGAAGGUGCCAGUCUCAUAUACUCUCGUUUCAUCAGGCCGUUCCUGAAGCAGAAGCAGGGUAUGAUAGAUGAAGUUGUGGACAGAGUUGAGGAUGUUGCUGACCAGCUGGACGACUAUGUUCAGGACGAUAAGGAGGAUUAAGUAGUGUGACGAGGAUGGGGAAAUGAGGGACAGUGUGUUACACUGUGUUACACUGUGUUACACUGUGUUACACUGUGUUACAUUGUGUUACAUUGUGUUACAGUUUGUUACAGUUUGUUACAUUGUGCUACACUAUGUUACACUGUGUAACAUUGUGUUACACUGUGUUACAUUGUGUUGCAUUAUGUUACAUUGUGUUACAUUGUGUUACAUUGUGUUAAACUAUGUUACACUGUGUUGCACUGUGUUACAGUGUGUUACAGUUUGUUACAGUUUGUGAGGCGACUCACAAGUUUGUGUGACGCUUCCUUUAGCAACAUAUCUAGGGAUAAGUUAGAACGUCAGCUGAAUAUCAGUAAGGGAGAGACUGCCUUUUUUCAGAUAUGUAGAAUCCAAGGCGCAUUAUAAUGUGACCAAUAUCGUUUAGAGUUCAGAUGUGCUAUUUGUUUUAAUUAACAUGUCCUAACUUUGUACAUAUUUAACGAGAUGUAAAGGCCUUACUGUCACAAUAUUUCCCUAUGAUUUCAAUUAACAAGGUUCAUUUUGUAGCUAGUCCAGUUUCCCAACCCUAACUUACAUUAAAAAGUGAGUGUUUUUAUAAGCAUCUACCAGCUGUGCAUGUCAUAUUGCUCUGGGACACAUUAAUAAUCGUACACAUUCGCCAAGGAAUGAAUAAGUUGUUGAAAAUAUUAAAACUACAUUGUAUAUAUUAUUAUUAUUAGCAUAUUAUAAUUUCGAAUGCAAUUUUAAAAUGUUUUGAAUUGAAUUCGUGGCUAGAGUUAGAAUGUAGACGCUCGUAUUUUUGCGGUUUUACAAUUUCGAAGGAAUAUUCACGAUGUUUGUAAGCGUGUGUGCCCAUAUUAUGCUACUUAUUAAUAAGUGUAUUUAUUUUAUUUUUAAAUUCCUUGUCCUAUUAUAAAGAA